UGAGAGAUCAUGGCAACGGGCUCGGGCGGGGAGCGCGUGGCAGCUGCGGCAGCGGCGGCAGUUUGGUCGCGGGCCGGGGCGGCGGAGCGGCGGCGGCGGCGGCAGCACUGGCGCUGGCACCAGCCCUGAGCACCAUGCUGCGGGGCAGACCCGAGAGGGAGCUGGCGGCCUGGUUGGAGGCGGAGGCCGCGGGCGCGGCCAAAGCGCAUGCGGCGAAGGAGCAGGUCCGCGUGGACCCGGGCGCUGCCGGGGAGCCGGAGCGCAAGGCGGGGGAGGAGCAGCCCAAGGAGCCGGCCCCGGCGCAGCCCCGCGCGGCCGAGGAGGGCGACGCCCGCGUCCCACCGCGGCCGCCGCCCACGCUGCCCAUGUACCAGGCGAAGCCGGCGUCGGCGCAGGGCCUCUCCCCGCACGGGAAGUCCAGGAGCAAGAGCCGUAGCUGCAAGCGGAGCUCGGACCGGUCCGAGGAGUACUGCUCUCCGCGGCCUGUCACCGUGGACAGCUCCAAGGCCAGGACCUCCCUGGACGCCCUGAAGAUCAGCAUUCGCCAGCUCAAGUGGAAGGAGUUCCCAUUUGGCCGACGCUUGCCUUGUGACAUCUACUGGCAUGGAGUUUCAUUUCACGACAGUGACAUAUUCUCCGGUCUAGUGAACAAGUUUCCAGGCAUGACGGAGAUGGUGCGUAAAAUUACUCUGAGCAGAGCAGUAAGAAUCAUGCAGAAUCUCUUUCCUGAGGAGUACAACUUCUACCCUCGCUCAUGGAUUCUGCCUGACGAGUUCCAGCUCUUUGUGGCUCAGGUUCGAAUGGUGAAAGAUGGGGACCCCUCCUGGAAGCCCACUUUUAUUGUGAAACCUGAUAGUGGUUGUCAGGGUGACGGAAUCUACCUCAUUAAAGACCCCAGUGACAUCCGCCUGGCAGGGACCCUCCAGAGCAGGCCGGCGGUGGUCCAGGAGUACAUCUGCAAACCUCUCCUUAUCGACAAGCUCAAGUUUGAUAUCCGUCUGUAUGUCCUACUAAAGUCCUUAGAGCCCUUAGAGAUUUAUGUAGCCAAAGACGGACUCUCGCGGUUUUGUACAGAGCCGUAUCAGGAGCCGCACCCCAGAAACCUGCACCACAUCUUUAUGCAUUUGACCAACUAUUCACUGAACAUCCACAGUGGUAACUUUGUCCAUUCGGACAGUACUAGCACAGGCAGCAAAAGGACUUUCUCUAGCAUUCUUUGUAGGUUGUCUUCCAAGGGUGUUGACAUCAAGAAGGUCUGGUCUGAUAUCAUCUCCUUGGUGAUUAAGACUGUCAUUGCCCUGACUCCAGAGCUCAGAGUGUUCUACCAGUCGGAUAUCCCCGCAGGGAGGCCGGGGCCCACGUGCUUCCAGAUUUUAGGCUUUGACAUUCUUCUCAUGAAAAAUCUGAAGCCUAUACUACUUGAAGUAAAUGCAAACCCCAGCAUGAGAAUCGAACACGAGCAAGAACUCUCUCCAGGGGUGUUUGAGAAUGUCCCCAGCCUUGUCGAUGAAGAAGUGAAAGUGGCCGUCAUCAGAGACACACUGCGUCUCAUGGACCCAUUUAAGAAGAAAAGAGAGAACCAGUCUCGGCAGCUUGGGAAACCGUUAGCCUCAAAGGAAGAGCCUUCUGACAGCGAUCUGGCCAGUGCCUCGGCAGGCAGCGCCAAUCCCGAAGCCCACCUGCCCUCCAUCUGCCUCAAGCAGGUGUUCCCCAAGUAUGCAAAGCAGUUCAACUAUCUGCGCCUGGUGGACAGAAUGGCAAACCUGUUUAUCCGGUUCCUGGGUAUCAAGGGGACAAUGAAGUUGGGACCAACAGGCUUUCGUACCUUCAUCAGGAACUGCAAGCUCAGCAGCAGCAGCUUGUCCAUGGCCGCCGUGGACAUCCUCUACAUUGACAUCACGAGGAGAUGGAACUCCAUGACCAUGGACCAGCGGGAUUCAGGGAUGUGCCUGCAGGCCUUCGUGGAGGCUUUCUUUUACCUGGCCCAGAGGAAGUUCAAGAUGCUGCCACGCCACGAGCAGGUAGCCUCGCUGAUUGACCUGUGUGAAUACCACCUGUCCCUGCUGGACGAAAAGCGCCUGGUGUGCGGCCGGAGCGCCACAUCGGGGGGCCGGCCCCCUCACAGUGGCACCCCGCAGGAGACCACCCCCGCAGCCCAGCUGGCUGAGGGCCGUCCCCCGCCCUGCACAAACGGUGCCCUCAAGCUCUCCCAUUCUAGGCACGCUCUGUCCUGAGGGCUGCUGUGUCCUCCCAGAAGAAGAUUGAGCCCUUCCGAGCCCAAGAGACCCCCAGGCUUCCUGCCGGGGGGAGAGAUGGCAGGAUGCUGAGAAUUCCCACCUGAGAUUCCCCCUAAUCGUCUCCGUGUUCUGCUAAGCUGCACUUCCAGAGGCUGCCUGAUUCUCAACCGCCCUCCUCCCAGCACCUCUUGGUGGCCCACCUGCUUGCGAGCCAUCAGCGGACAUAUGAUAUCCAAAACGUGACAGAUGGCCUCUUCUAUUCUGGGCUCAUGGGAAGCCACAGCCGGGGAUAAAACUGCUGUGUUUGGGAAAGGGGGCACCAACAACCCCAAGACGGAGAGCUGCGGAGAAGAAAGAACUUGAGGCAGCCAAGACUGGGGUCUGCUGAGGCCCCGCCCGAAGAGAAUAUGGUUAGAGCCCAGGGACAUCAUGUGUAUUUCCUACCACCCAUUCUGUGAAAAUGAAGUGGAAACACCCAGGAGGCCUGCACGACUCUCCCACCGCAAUCAUGUGCUACGUGGGUGUGGUUAACAGACCGACCUCGUUGAUUUCAUGAGCUUGCCUGUUGCUGCAGUGUUCCAUGUGUUAUUCAUUAAGAUAUGGUUAACUAAGAGGUAACUGAGGAAGGCUCCUGAAGUCUCAGAGCUGGCAGGAGCCUCUGAGAUCAUUUUGUUUGACCUUGACCCCGAAGCAGGAGUCCCCCAGUCACGUGGCCUGUGAUUGGAGCCCUCCAUGGGUGGGGCGAUCACCAAGUGUGCCCAGAGUGUGCAGGGUGCCCUGGAGGGGAGGAGGGGGCUUCAGAGGGAAGGAAAGUCAGACCUGCGUAAGGAUCAGAGCGAGCGGGGGCUUGAUGUCAGGAGCCGGGCAAAGGGGAGCCGUGCUCUCGCAUCCACGAGACCCUUUCCCUGUCUCCCUCCGUGUCCCCAGGCAGCCCCCGCUCAGAGGGGAAGCUUCGGAGGCAGCCAAAGGUAGCAUUUUGGAAAAUGGCCCCAGGCAAGUCAGGGUCCAGGACCUGCUGACCACAGGCAGACAAGAGACUGCCCUUACACAGCCAAGGUCUCCAGAGUGCUGUUGGAUUUGGGGUUAAUGUGGCCCUUUCCAGAGGGUCCUCGUUAUAGGACCCUGGGGGCCCUGGAUGGAGCUGACCAUCAGGCUCUGAGUGAGGAGGAUGAAGGGUCUUUGAAGGCAUUAAUUAGCACGGUGCCUGGCACACAGUAGGACUCAGAAAAUGCUCACAAAUGUAGGGCCAGGGGGAAAGUCAUUGGUGGCAGAGGUGUGUCCUAGACCAGCACAGACGUCUUCCUUCUCCUGCUUUUCUCUUCUUCUUCCUCCUCACAUCCUUCCCUGUCUCUGAUCCCACUGCCCUUCACCCCAACCGGUGGGAGCAGUUGCCUCAAGGUCCAGCAUAGAGCCUGGUACGUUGUAGGUACUCAAAAAGUGUUGAAAUGAAUGGCUUGGAAUCACCCUCCUAGGAAUAUUUUUCAACCCAAAGGGAAAGUUGUUCAUCCAAGAUCCCUCCAACUGUUGGCAAGUUAUCUGGGGGGAGUGGGGCUCUGUUAACCCUUGCCUGACCUUCCUCCCGCCCAGAAGCCCAUUCUCUCAAGCAGUAAAGCCUGCCUGCCCCCGGCAGGGUCGCCCCCAUGCAAUGCCCCCAUCCCGCUGCCUCUCCCCUCCUGCUCCUGGGGACCCGGCGCCGACCCAAGGCCACAGCCCUUCCCCAGCCCAGAGGGCCCCAGCAUUACCCGAGCCCUGCAGAGCCCAUGCUGGGCUGUUAGGUGACAGGAGACUCUGUCUUUCUAUAAAGAAAAUAAACAUCUCUGUUUUCCCAGCAAAAAGCAAGCCAGGUGGCCUCCCUUCCAAAGGUGGGAGGGGCAGGAGGAACCCAAUGGGCAGCAAGCGCCUCCCACGUGGGGACAUUUUAGAAGUGCCAUCAGCUCCAUUUUCCAGUCAUCUGGGGCAGUUUCGUGACGCUGUUCCCAUUUUCAGAGGGAAAACAAGGCCUGGGAGGUCACGUGGUAAGUCAGGCCUUGGUCCAGGUCUGUCGGUUGACUCCAGAGCCCCAUCCCCUCUGUGUCCCCGGGUGAGUGUGAAUCCAGCUCCAAACACAGACCACUGGUGGGUCCUCCCUGCUCUGGGGCUGCCCGGGGUCCCCCAGGGCUCUGCACACUGUCACAGCAUCUGGUGUCAUGGGCUGGGGCCAUCAGUGUUCCUAAACGGUCCACUGAGAGGAAAUGAGUUAGAAGAGCCUGUGCACUCUCCCGGGCCCGGUAGCCGCGCGAAUGGAUGGCACAGCGAGCAACCCAAGUACAUGUAACCCUGCACGCUUGUUAGCAGCUGGGAGCAGCAAAGCGUCUUUUAGACAAAGUUCUAACUUUAUACCAUUUCUUGAAGUUGAUUUCCAGAAAGCAUUCAGUUGCCAAAAUGGGGUGCAAUCAUCAGGUUCCAAACCAACCAAGCACACUGAAUUUUUUAGAAAAAAAAAAAUGUAUCAAUAGUCUGAAUUCCAGCCACAUUGUUUGGGGUGAUAUGUGAACAUCAGCUCCCAGGAUGAGGACCGUUCUCUUCCCACCCCUGGCGUGUCAUCUGGAGGCAGGUUGCUGGGUGGCCCCCCAGGGUCACUGUCUAGAAGGAGUCCCUCCAGGGCAGACAGGGCCUGAGAAGCCCCACGGCCCUCGGUGAGCACUGGGGAAACGAGGCUGCCAUUUUACAGGAGGCCAGUCAGUGACAGAGCGGGCCCUAUUUUCUCAACGCCGUUGAACAGGAAGAAUCAGGGGCUGCUCCAUUAUUAGAGUGAGUGAUAGGAGACUUCCCCCGCCGCUUCGUGCCUAAUAGGAAGUCCCACUGGGUUUAUCCCCUUUGGUAAUUGGCUGCUCGUUGUGUAGGGUGUAAUUGAAGUGAUCGCAAAAGCAGGGGUUUCCUUCCUCCUGGAAGAGAGAUGCUCCGUGGGGAUCUGGGUCCCUGUGCUCUGCCCAUGGGGUCAGCCCAUCCCUGAGAAGGGCCCUCGGGCUCCAUCCCGGCCUCUCCUCCCCCGUCCUCUCCUGCCCUUCCUCCCCCUCCUGCUGGUGCUCGCACACACAGUCCAGCCACAGCGACCCUGUCACGGUUCACCGGCUGAGUCCCUGCAGGGCCGGCACCCAGAGUGGCUUCAGUGAACGGAUGAGAUCAGGCUCGGUCCGUUCCAGCUUGGGCUGCGUGCAUCCCCGGGCCACUGCCCGCCUCCAUCCUUUCCUGCCGAGCCUGCCGUGCUUCUGGUGUACCCGGAAAGCAUCCUUCCCCCUUCAGUGCUGGCCUUGCCUGCUCCCCUCCUUCCUGCCUCCCAGGGGAUGUGCUUGGCUUCUCUGCUGUUACGGUCAGGAGCUCUGUCCCCACAGCCUGGUCAGAACGGGGCUUGUAAAGGCGAUUUGGAUUCGGUGCAUCUGUUGGCAGUGCUGGUCCCAACAGGCCCCUCCCCAUGUGCGGAGGCAGGGCCUCCUGGAGACAGGAGCCUCCAUCCCCAAACUCCUGGGUCCCUCUUCUUUGUCCUCCAUCCACUCUCCCAGCUCAGACCCCAUCAUCUCUUGGCUGCACUGCAUCAGUCUUCUGCCUCUUAACCCCUCAACCAUCUUCUGUCCCUAUCAGCCCAGGGAGGACUCUCAGAACCACAGAGGUGAGCACACAAUCCCCCAGUUCAGUCAACCCUCUCUCUUCCCAGAUAAAGCCCAGGCUCCCUGACCCGGCAUUCAAGUCCCCUCGUGAUCCAAUCCCCUCCUGCCUUUCCACCCUAAAUCCACGCUCAGCCCCCAGCCCUCAGGAGCUGCCUCUGUGCUCCCUCCCAACAGCCCCUUUGUGUCUGUUGCUACCACUCGGGAGAGAAUGUGCCGGUUCCCACCCCCGUGGGAGGGCCACGGGGCCCGGAUCUGCUCCGUGCUCUCCCGCCUUUGCUGUCCCCUCUGCUGGACCCUCCCUCUGUCCAGUGGAAACUUACUUAUCUUUCAAGGCCCAGCUCAAGUGUCCCCACUGCCAUCCCCCCAACCGUGAACCUCCCCCUCCUUCUACUUGUGAGAACCCGGAAAGUCCUUUGUUAUCACACUUGUGCUGUGGUGUCAUGGCGUUCGUUCCCACCAAGCAGUGAGCUCUUUCACGGUCAGGCAGGUGCUGAAUUCACGCUGGCCCCUCGGGCACCGAGCCGGGGCCCUACAGGUGCUGGCUGGGACUGUUCAGAGGGCCCCGGCGAGGAGCCUGAGCUACAACAUUGGUUCUCCCCAGCCCCCUGCGGAUGCCCUGACGGUUUGAUUUGUGAACAUGUCCGUGUCCCGGGACCCCAGCAGACAGUGGUUCCUCUGACCCUGGGCAGUCUCUCCGUGUUCCUUCGUGCCCGGGCUCUGGUCUGGGCUGCGUCCCCCAUGGGCACCGCCGUCUGGGAGACUAAGGGCCACCGGGCUGGAUCAAGCCCACCGCGGCUCCUCCAUCGGGCAUCCAGCCUGUCUCUCCAGCCCUGCAGCGUCUGUGGGGGGUUGGUUAGUUCAGAGCAGAUAAUCCUGAUGUGAAUGUAGUUAGUCAGGGUGAGUAGGACCAGGUUGGGGAGGAGCCUAGACAUUGGAAUGGUGUUCUGUGCCUUUCUAGAAUCAACUCCCCUUCCCACGUGAGUGUACCAUCUGUUUGACGCUUCACAGUUUGCAAAGUACUUUUACCUCCAUCCUCCCAACGACCCCACAAAGGAUGAGGAUUCUCAUCACCCUCUUUUCAUAGCUGGGGGCACUGAUGCCCAGGAGGUCAGGUGACUUGCCCAAGGCCUCCCAGCUGGUGAAAGUCAGAGCCCAGCCCCCAACGCCUUGCUCCUUUCUCGGCCCCAUAACUGCUCUCAUAACGGCGCCUCAAUGUUCCUACAGCCCAGCAGGGAGAGGGUUUUGGCCCCAUUUCACAGAAGCAGAAACCCACGUCUGAGAGAGGCUGGGUGAUGGCUCGGGUGGUCCUGGGGCUUAGCUUGGGGCAGUCCCACCUGAUCUUUCGCACUGAGCUCUAUGGGCUCCGGGUUCCUGAGCUGCACCGGGAGUGAGAGCUCCUCUCUCACUUUGUCUCUGGGAACAGAAGACAAGAGAUAGAAAGCAUAAUACACGUGAAAGCAUUUUGUAAACCCAAAUGCUGCUGGAAUGCCAUGCUAUCUUCAGACUGGCUUCUGGUUUCCUACAAAGUGUAAAGGGAUGAAGGGAAAAGGUUCCUCCUGGAAUGUUCUAAUCCAUCAGGACAAAUGAAGCCAGAACAGUCAGUUCCCCUCCCCUCCCUCUCCACCCCGCUUCAUCCUCACAUAGUUGAAGACAUUCACGGGGUGAAAAAUGGUUUCCGCUGCUCCUCUGACACCUGGAAUUUGCCUUGUGAUUGGCAGGAUAUUACUCCAAAAUAGCUUAAUUUUUUUUCAUUUCUUGAUUAAUGCCCUAAACUCUUCGGUCCCAGCCUUGAGAACUGGCUUGACUGGCUGGCAUUUGAGCCCCUUCCCUCAAAACUCAGAAAUGAUGAGAUCUCGCUCAGUGGCUGAGAGCUGCCCUUCUCUCCAAGUGAGGCAAACUCACCCUGAUUGGUAAUUUUGCCAAUCUCCUACCGAGUUUGACAGAUAUGGGAGAAAUUUUCCCAUACGGUAUAUGAAUUUCUCCCUCAUGAAAUAUGUUCGAGUUUUUUUUUUCUGUUCCAGGGGCAAAGGAGCUUUGCAGAACAGGCAACAUUCAAUUACCUCCAUCUCUAGUAACCAGAAGUCUUGAUUUUUCUAUAACUAGGAAACCCACACAGCAUACUGCUUAUACAUGCAUGUGUGCAUACACACACACACACACACACACACACACACACACACACACUGAGCACCAUUGAGCUUUGGUAUAAAAUGGCAAAAUUGCUUCUGAGCCUUAUUUAGAGAGGAGAGGAAAGAGAGUCUUUGCAGCCCUGGGGUAACAUAACACGCUCACCAGGAGACUUACAAGUAGAACAUUUCCUCCGACACGAAGGCAUUUGCUAAGAUUUCAACCAGGGCGGUAGUUUUGGGCCACAGGGACAUUGCCCGCCCCUCACCAUGUCCCUCCAGCCCCCUCCCAGGCUGCAGAAGCAAGCAAGGCAAGGAGCUGGGAGAUGAAAAGAGUCAGCAGGAGUAUUUCCCUUCAGGACUUCUUGCAUCAGAAUGGGGAAAACAAGAAUCCCAGCAGAGGCCCUGAGUGCUGUGGGAAGAGUGAGCGUCUUUGGCUGGGUCUGUCGCUUUCUAGCUAUGUGAUCAUGGCCAUGGACCAGUGAUUCCACCCCCUGCCCUCUUCCUCUCCUGCACAGUGGAGAUGGGGUCGUAACCUAUGUAAAGAGCCUGGCACCAGGAAGUGUCUUAAUAAAUGUCCUUUGAGAAAAGGACCGGUCUCGAUAUGCUUGAACUAGACAGAUGCCAGAGAUCACUCCCGCCCACGUGGAUGGCCCUGACAGGCCAGGCUCCUCCAGGUCUGGUGGACGGCCCCACGUGCUUGUCCCUCCUCCCUGCUGCUGCUGGACUGCAGCUUCUGCUUCUUAAAAGCCUUUAACAAUUCUUUAUUAAAUUUUCAUGGCGCAUAAAGUCGAGGUUCUGUUACUUGGCCUCAGUUGUCUUGGUAACUUCGUAAAAUGCAAUAAUAAAACAGAGCUGAGUGUCUCUGCACGCAGGCCCCACAUAGAAACGGCUGCAAAGUACUGCAAAGUACCGACGAUUUCUUCUGCGUGAUAAUUAGCGACAGCAAAUCCAGCAGGGUGGGCAGGGCUUGUUCAUUUGGGGUCAGCUGGGGAGAAAGGGGGUCCUCCUAAUUUUUUUCUCCUCUAAUGGCUAAUGUUUGGCUGGGGAGCUAAAUAUUGCCUCAAGGAACCUGUGACAUCCUGGGGGAGAUGGAGGAAGGAGAUUGGAAAAGCCCCCAACCCCUGAUCCACUGGGGACAGUCUCCCUGAGGGAGGGAGUGACGUGCCCCUAGAGCCUGGCCACCUGGUAGAGACUCUGGCGGCGCGCCUGCCCUGGGGGAGAAGGUGGCUCCUUCCAGCUUUGUGUGGGCGGCAGCCACUGCCCACAGCGCCAGGCUGGGUAGGGGUGUGUCGCAAGCUCGGCCCCCAUGGGGAGGCUCAGGGCAGGGCAGCACCCUGGAGAACUUAGUGGUUCAAGCUGCUCCAAAGAGGCCACCUGGUGCUGCUGACACACACACCUGGUGGCCCUGUCCUGGCGCCAGCCCUGCCCUUGACCCUUUGGGGAUAGCCUAUGUCUGCUCUGAACAUUUCUCAGCCUGUGGACCACCCGGUGGAAAGAGAAAGGCAGAUGGCCUUGAGUUAUAAAUAAAUGGGAUCCCUGCCCCUUGGAAACCACCACCCAAUGGCAUCAGAGAGGCGUCAUUUCCCACAGCCCCUCCACAGUGGGGGGCCACUCAGGCAGGCUCUGUCACCCCCGGGAACUCCUUUGUUCUUUGGACCCCUCGGGUUCUCCAUUUUGUGAAACAUUCAGAUCCUACACAUUCCUUGUGCUCCGACUCUGUGCCAGCCCCUUGGUCUUAGACGCCUGUGCCCGCAGGUCAUGGCUCGGCUGUGCAGUAAGAGCUGCCACCCUGCUCCCUGCUGAAGAAACCCAGGUUUGUCACCCACGGUCCCCGCACCAGGUGCGGAGGCUGCCCCAGCAGCCUGGGAGGUUAGCACUGCCUUGGCCCAUGGCAACCAGGCCAGGCAUGCCUUCCAGUGGUCUUUCCAUGCAGCUGCCUCCCACAGAAGCCCUGGGCAUCUGGUGGUGCCCCUCAGGGCUCAGACCGCACUCUAUCUUUAACCCAAGCAGCUCCAGCUUUAUCUCUAAGUAAUGCGCUUUGUUAUUAACAUUCUAUCCACGGCCAUAGCAUUUCCAACCUGUCAGUUUCACACAUGGGACACUGCAAGCCCAGAGAGGGGACGGGCCCUGCCCAAAUGCCCAGCAAGUUAGGGGUGUGAGCUCAGGCCUCCUCAGCGAAGGAAUCUGAAGAGCAGAAGCCAGGGCCAGCUUCUAGUUCAGGGUUUUAAACUAGAUUCCAUGGUGCCCGAGAGCAGCUCGGCUGUUCCGUUUUUGUUUCUUUCUUUCUUUCUUUUCUGUUGUUUUGGUUGUUGUUCUGUUUUAUAUAUUGCGGUUGCAUGUAAGGAAAUAGCUUCAAAUGCCGUCAUCAUCAUCAUCACUUCCAAUUUUUUACCUGCGGCAAAACUGGGGGCCUGGGAGAAGUAACUUGUUUGAAGUCAUGACCACAGCAGCCUCCUUCCCCCGCCGCCUGAGCCCAGCCGUGGCUCCUGGAAGACGUGCAUCGUGCCGGCAACAGUGACAGUCAGGGCGGGUUCACCCCAGGGCCCGAGGCAGGAGCUGGACCGUCCUCUCUCAUCCCCCAUAGAAUGGUUGUGGGGACCUCGGAGGCCGGUGCUGGGCUCGUUUCUCACUUGACCCCAGUCGUCAGGCAGGAGCCAUGUGAUCUGCUCAGACACUCAACCUCAGGCGCUCCUCCCCAGGCGCUUUCAUAGCUGUGCUUCGAGUCAUUUCCAGGGCCAGUGGCUGUGGCAUCACUGACGGUGCUGGAGAAAAAUACAGCCCAGAUUGGCAGGUCAGAAGUCUGUGGGCAUGGCCCAGAUGCCAGCUGCAAGCAGCCACUUACUUGAAGACUCAUGUCUUAGCUUUAAAAGUGCUGUAAAUAUUGCUUUGGGCUCCAUAUUAUGUCCAUAUUUUAGUCAGGAUGCUGAGCUAAACCCCCAAAUCACCGCGGCUGAACACCCCUGUGGUUUACUUCUUGCCUGUGCAAAUCUGACGGGGCCAGGGGGCUCUCCAGGAUGACACUCCGCCACGCAGGGUCCCGGCUGCUUCCUGCCUGGGCUCCUUCUCCUCAAGGACGGCUUCCCAGUUGCCUCCAAAAGGAAGAGAAGAUGGGAGGACUGCAGGAGUGGGUUGUUCAGGGAGAGGUGACUUCACCUCCACUCACAUGCCCUUGGCCAGAAUCUGGUCACCUGGCCCCAACCUGAGUGCAGGGGAUACUGGGAAAUGUGUUCUUCCUGUACAUCCAAGUCGAAAAAAUGAAAUGGGACUUGGUGGACACAUGUUACCUUUUUGCCUCAAUUCAUAUUUGUUUUACUAUAA